AUGGAUAAGAAGUCACUGAUUACGAAGUAUCUGAAUCAAAAAUCUUCUACUACACGUCAGCAUCAGUCAAUACAAACACGAGAGUGUAAAACCACUGGACAAGAUAUAAUAAAACGAACCAAACGAAAAUAUCGUUGUCGAGUUCGUAGUCCAGAAACUAUUCGACGAACGAAACAAAUUCGUCGAAAUAAAGCGAAUGCUCGUGAACGUCGCCGAAUGCAUAAUUUAAACGAAGCAUUAGAAAAGUUACGGCGAACAUUACCACAACUUCCAGAUGAACCAAAGCUAACUAAAAUCGAAACUCUUCGAAUGGCCAACAAUUAUAUUUACGCACUAAGGCAGAUCCUUAGCGAUGAUCAAAAAGAGGAAAAUGAAGCAGUGGCUGCAACUCACCAUGGACAGUCAUUUUAUCUUUCGGUAGACAACGAACUAAGUGCAGUAGAACGUUGA